AUGGGAAAAUUACUUAAGCCAGGAAAAGUUGUUAUAAUGCUAAAUGGAAGAAGAGCUGGUAAAAAGGCUAUUAUAAUAAAUACCUAUGAAGGUCAAACAAGGGAAAGACCUUAUAGCUAUUGCUUAGUUGCAGGAAUCGAAAAACAUCCAUUAAAAGUUUCAAAAAAAAUGUCCAAAAGAAAGAUUGUAAAGAGAUCAAAAGUUAAAGCCUUUGUAAAAUACAUUAAUGUUAACCACAUCCUACCUACUAGAUAUCAAGUUGCUAAUGAUUUUGACAUUAAAAGUUUAGCAUCCGAUGAUCUUUUAAGGUCAAAAAACAAAAAGAAGGAAGUUAAAAAACUAGGAAAAGUAUUUAGAGAUAAGUUCUUAGACCCAAUUAACAAAAAAACUGGAGAAGUAUCCAAGGAUGUUUCAUUUUUACACAAAAAAUUAUAUUUCUAA